AAUUUGUUACCAACACAAAGUAAUGCAAGGAGUUUUGGCAACUAGGAGAAAAGUUACCAAACAAGAGCAAGCCAAAACAUCUCUUCUUUCCACCGACUCUUUCGCCAUUGAAAAUCAUUCUCUCUUGCAUAAACCCAAACAAAUGAAGGAUCAUCCAUCCUCCUUUCUUUUAAUCUAUCCAUAAAAUUUCCCCCUUUAUCAUCGCAGCGCCACAUAAACUAACCUCAACCCUUCAUUUGAACUCUCUUUCUUAGCCGUGAAUACUUUGCAUUUCUAUUUUUUCUAUUUCUUUAUAUUCACCAUCGUCUUUAUUGUUAUGGGUAAGAGAAAGCGAACUGCUGACAAAACAAAGAACAAUAACAGCCCUCCUUCUUCCUCGGACAAUGCUCCAUGCUCUUCUGGAAUGCAAGAAUUAUCUAAAAAGAAAUCUUCAGAUUUAGUUGACUCUAGUGAACUAAAGUCGUAUACAUCUACCAUGGAUAUCACAGAUAAUUCAGUGAAGCUAUUAAACACCCACACUUCUCUUUCAAACCAUCAUUACAAUCUUGGUCGUUCUAUAUUCUUAAAGAGAUCACGUCAUCACUAUGGCCACCAAUACUCUCGGAGAAACUCAGGUAAUCGGGGCAAUGCAUCAAGUUCUCAUGGCAAGGGUCCUUCACGUGAUGACAGACUGUUAUGCAAGUUGUCUAGUCAAUGCAAUGCGGAGCCUGGACAAAAUGCUGAGGAGAGGGAAAAGCCAUUUGGGAGGCCGGAGAGAAUUAGGUCUAGUUCUUUGGUAAAAGAUGCCUCAUCGCCUGAUGCUGUGAAGAUGGUAUGUGGGAUCUGUCAGAAGCUGUUGAGACGUAAACCUUAUUUUCUUGGAAUUGGAAACACACUGUCUUCAGGUGAAUACUGUGUCGUUGCUGUUUUAGUUUGUGGUCAUGUGUAUCAUGCAGACUGCCUGGAGAAGAGAACAUCAUCAGAAGAUGGAUGUGACCCACCCUGUCUGCUGUGUAUGGGUGUGGCGUUGCAAGUUGAAUCACCAGGAGCACAGGAAUAGGUUUGUACAGAUGUUGAACUUACAUCUAUGAUACUAAUGAAGAGAAACAAGACAUACAUAUUAUUAGAUUGCAUAAACUGCUUCAAAUCCAACUAAGUGUUCUAAUAACCACAUUGGAGGCCUCAUGAAACAAAAUAUCCAACCCCCUAUUUCAUCCAUAUUAACCAUGAAACUCCUUCUGUGGCACAUUGAUCAUAUACACUUAUUUAUAACUUAUUAAACCCUUUGAUUUCAUCUCA